CGGCGACGGUGCGACGCGAACUCUUCGCCCUCAGUCGGUACUUGUGGAGCGGUGGUGCGCGAUGAGUUGGGGAGCAGCCAUGUCUUCUCCAAGGGCGAACGUCAUCGUUGGGCUACUGCUAGUCGUCGCCGUAGCGCUUCUGCUGCCCAAGACGGAAGCAGGAAGUGGAUUUGUGGCAGAUGAAGAACAGCACCUCAACUUGCUGAGACCACACAGGAACGGUCCACUUCCCCACCGUGUCGCAAGGGAUGUCACUGGACUCAUCCGUGGUGUCCGGUGGUCUCCUAUCGGAGGCAGAUCUGCUCGGUCUCCUCUACCGGCGGUCAAGACAGCGACCAAGGCGACCGCACCGGUUACAUUGCCAGCGCUCACCAAGAGAGCGCACAACGUCGGCUCGGGCCCCAUCGUGCUCAAGAGCAAGAAGAAGAUCUUCAUCCCUAAGUUCACUUACGAUGGUGCUGGUCCCGACGUGUACUUCUUGGUGGGCAAGGGAGCCAAGGUCAGCCACAAGGGAGCCACCAAGAUCCCCACUCCAAGCGGAGAAACAAAGAUUAAGAAGGGCUACACUGGCCAGGACGUGACACUGACGCUUCCAGGAAGCCUGACAUUCAACGACGUCGACUGGUUCGCCGUUUAUUGCAUCACCUACGAGGAGAACUUCGGUGACGUGCGCAUACCGAAGAACCUCAACCUACCUGCCGCCUGAGCAGGAAUUCGUGUAAAAUGGACGCGUUCCAAAAACUCCAUUAGCUUUGUACACAGCUGGACAUUCUGGCCUGCAGAGAAAUAUGAGGCUCUCUUACACACGUAAACUAAAGGGCGUGUGUGAUUUGCCACACAUCUUGAAAGUUAACAGUCGUGCAAGUGAACGCGGUACCUGUGCUUUACGACAUAGCCACAGGGCAAGUGAUAGUGUAUGGUUUCUGAACAUGUGGGAAAAACAUUCAUAGGGUCUGAAGAGAGUCUCACCUUUUUCCAGAACUCGGCGCAUGUGUAAGCUAUUAUGUGGAACACACGUGCCUCACUAAGUGCUGCAAGCGGAAAUGAUUUUCGGCUCAGCGUUACGAGUGACUCUCUUUACACACCUAUUACACACAGAACGGAGUGAAUGUUAAAAGAAGUACCACCACGGUUGCCUUUGCAAGCUACAAAUUGUGGCGUGCCGCUCAGCCUCAUAUUUCGCCUUUUCAUUUCAAAUAAACUGAUAACAGUGUAGUCAUCCGCGUCAACAACAUUUUUACGUCACUAGGAAGUUAUUCUUGGGCCUGUUGAAGUCACAUUGCGUGUCUUCAACGUUUUUGCGGCGCUCGCCCUAGCUCCUUGCAUUAUGGUCUUGAUCAGAAAUGAUACACCAAGACGGCGCUUUCACCAAUAAAUGCGUAAAACUCGA